AUGGUUGUUGAUACUUCUCUAUAUGAUAUCCUUGAAGUAGACCCCACUGCUUCUGCGGAGGAAAUUAAGAAACGUUACAAAAAACUGGCCUUGCUAAAUCAUCCCGACAAGGUAGCAGAAUCCGAACGAGAAGAUGCAGCAGCUAGAUUUCGUGAUAUACAAACUGCCUACGAUGUGCUGCGAGAGCCAAGUUCUCGAGAAAUGUAUGAUAUACACGGCCUUGAGCAGGAAGGUCAUGACUCACAAACUGGAGUAGACAUUAAUGACGUUUUGGCCCAAAUGUUUGGUAUGAACUUUGGUGCGCAAGGUGCGUCGGGGCAGCGAAAGCGUCGAGGCUCAGAUGUUGUUCACGACUAUGAGAUUUCGUUAGAAGACAUGUUCAAAGGGAAAGAAGUCAAGCUGCGUGCUACCAGAAACGUAAUAUGUCCUCAUUGCCAAGGUAAAGGCGGAAAACGAUUUGCUAAAGAACGACCUUGCUUGUCUUGUGGUGGAAAAGGCAUGCGACAACACCUUCAUAGAGUUGGUCCUCAUCAUGUAACUACACAGCAAUCUGCAUGUGGGGAUUGCAGUGGGAAAGGAUCAAGUUUUAGAACCAAAGACCGCUGUAAAUACUGUAAAGGCAGUGGAGUCGUUGGUGAAAAACGAGUUCUUAACUUUAACAUUCGUUGUUCUGCGAAAGAAACCGACAAGGUUGUUCAGCCAGAAAUGGCCGAUGAAGCUUUGGGAAUGACUCCGGGGGAUGUUGUCUUGCGCCUUCGACAGAUUCCUCACCCUGUAUUUGAGCGCGUGGGUGAUGAUUUAAAGGCUAAACUUCAAAUCAGCCUCGCUGAAGCUUUGGUAGGUUUCAAGAGAGCGGUAGUAACUACAUUGGAUGGUCGUAUACUGGAAUAUUGCCAGCCUGCCGGAAAGAUACUUCGACCAGGUAACUGUAUUGUCAUACCAGGUGAAGGAAUGUACCGAGGUGAACGAGCGGAUUUACGUGGUGAUCUUUACUUGGAAGUAGAAAUAGAAUUUCCAAGAGAUAACUCUUUGGAUAAAAAGUCGAUGCAAUCGUUACAAAAUAUCCUGCCUGAUUGUUCCAAGCGAGUUCCCGUACCCGAAGACGCUAUUGUAGACUCCGUGACUGGAUCCCUUGGAGACGUUUCGAAUUUUGGGGGCAGCGCUCGUUUUGAAAAUCAGUUUGCCGAAGAAGAAUUUCAAUCUGUGCCAGAAUGCACGGCUCAAUAG